AUCGCCGUGCCGCGCAGCCGCCGCGGCAGCUGCGGCGACGACGACCCCGACCCCACCCCCCCGCCCACGCCGACCCCCGGCGGUGGUGGUGACGAACCUUCUGAGGGCGGUGACGACACGGGGGUGGACACCUGUGAGGUGUGCGGCGACUGCGGCGGGGAUGAUGACCCCCUCGCCUCCCUGUGA